AUAGAUUAAAGAGCAUAAACAAGACAAAAGUACUAGCAUUGCCUGUAGUUGCUUAACCAAUAUACUGUUCUUGAGAAAUACUGAUAAAAAGCAUAUAAUCACUAAUGUUACAACUGAAUAUUAUUGGAUUACAACCACCGUAUUAUCACAAACAGCUUGUGAGCCAAGAAUCAUAAACAACGGAGGCGCUACGGCUGCAGGGGACCGGUUGAUUCUUUACAUAAAAUUUCAAUGUGUUCUGGAAAUGGUUUGCAAAGAGGACGUGGUAUCAUGGUUUAAAGAAUUGGAAAGCUAUAAACGCAUAGAUGCAAUGUGUACAUUAUUAAACAUGUGUUUACCAUUUGAAUUACGCUUUAUUGGCACGUAUCUAGAGGAGCUCGGUAAGCGGGACUUUCAGGAGUUGCGUGGUGCCGAACUGAGAGCUAACAACCCCACAGAUUUGGCAGCAGAUAUUGGAGGAGCCAACACAGACCCCAGGACGCGACGGAAAAUGGCCUUAUAUGUUUCUUUGUUGCGGUCGUGCAAUUUCGCCUGUGCAACUACUCUAUAUAAUGCUAUGGUCAGCUUGGAGCAAAGUGGCCUUUUGAAAGGUUUAUAUGGUGAACUUUUGGAAGAAAUCCUAUUAUUAUACACUAUGGCGUUACAUCAUCCAGCUUUUACAUUUGAUCAAAAAUCUCAUUUUGGUGAAAUAUUAGAGAAAUUGAAACUUGAAGAUCAGAGGAUACAGUUCCAAGAGCAACAAGAACAUAUAAAUGUAGCACCCGUGAGUGUAUGCCAUACCCAAUCUAGUGUCACACCCAAUAUGUCUGUUCCACCACCUAGUUUGUCCAGCUUGGGGCCUCCUGGGAUCAUGUUUGUUAAAACGCCGGGGGUACAGCCUCCCAGUACCGAUGCAGUGCCUGAGCUUGGCUCUCCCCCAGUUUUAACUAGUACAGGAGGUGUAAUGCCUAUGCUAGGAGAAGUGUCUCAUCCUCCACCUGGCCUUCCCAUGCCCCAGUACAAUAUGGGUGAAUAUAUGGGGCAACAUCCAUGGCCUGGGAAUAUUAUAGUUCCACAACCAUUAGAGGUUUUAAAUUAUCCGCCAAGCGCUGGUGGUGGUGCGGGCACGGGAGGCGGUGGUGGUGCACCAACGUCACCGCUGGUGUCGUCGCCGGGCGACAGUCGUACUGCAUCGCCUCGCACACGUCGGCGUAUGUCGCGUGACCGAUCACCACCUCCGCCUACGUCUAUACCUGACCAACCUCUGGCCCUACAUCUUGCUGUUAACUUUGAGAAUCUAGCUCUUGCUGAGCAGGUAGAAGGUGUCGAUCGUCUGCAAAGACGACAUAACAUCGGGGAUGAGAGGCUACGCGAGUUCAGCGUUGUUCAACAGUAUCGGUCGCUAGAGAAACUGAACGGCGUGCGGAAGCGUGCCGGCGCGUACUACCCGGGCACGCGGUCGUCGUCCGACAGUGGCUCGAGCGCCGCCUCGUCCCCGCCCGGCACGCCGGCGCCGCCGCAACGCCGUGCUACGCCCUCCGCACCACCGCACUUGCCAUUUGUACCGUACCCUCGACCGUACGCGUAUCCCGCUCCGCCGCCUCCCUUCCGCCCGCCGCCGCCGCCCUUCGCCAAUGGUGAACCUCCGCCGUUUCCCGCUCCGAAUCCGUACCCGGGCUUUGUGCCCGUGCUGUACGCGCCUCCGAAGUUAUCUUGCUGGAAUUGCGGUGCGGCGGGUCACGCCGGCCACGAGUGCAAGGAGCCCAGUAUGGAAGAGAUGACGCGUGCCGGCGGCUACCAGUUAGACUUCGGCGGCGCGCCGCCCGAGCCGGCAGAGAAGUAGGGCUCGGCCGUCCGCUGCGCCGCGCCGCCGCCGGCGCCAGUGGUCCCGCUUAGACCCUAAUUCAUCGCCGGCCGGGAUGUGGCCCUCCCGGGACUCCAGAGGUGAGGCGUUCCUUUGUACGAGACUCCACGAUGUCUUCGUACGAUCUGUCCAUUAGUACCAAAGUGAUGGCUCUAAAAAUGUAAAUAUUGACCAGAGCCAGCCCGUACGCAUGAGAUUGGUACCCGUGAUGUAGACUUUGAUCGUAGAUCAAAUAUUCCAUAAGCAAUUUAUCUUGUGCUUAUUGGAGUAACUUAAUAGAGAGCACUGAAUUUUUAUUUAUUAUGUUUAAGAGUAAUUGCACUUUCAGUCUUGACCACAUUCCACUCCAACGUUUCUUGAGUAUACAUAACAGUGUAAUGUAUUUUGUGUUGUAGAAAAUAUAAACAUUAUGUAGUUGCUACAAAAUGAAGCAAGAUGUGUUUCGGAAGUUAAAUUUUACGUAAGACGAAAUGUCUUAUUAUUAAUUAUUAUUUUAACAGGGUAAAAUAUAUGUAUGAAGUAGGCCCCCAGAUUAGACACCAGAAAUUGAAAGUGCAAUGAUCUUUUGAACUACUAAUGCGGCUGCUAGCUGUUUUGUAGAAUUUGGAGGGAAUUCCAUUUUAUUUUUUACAGAGACAGCAGCAGGUUUAAUAUAGAUUAUAAUAGUGACGAAUAAAUAAAUUUAUAAUCUCAAAUUUGCAUUUAGCAAUCCACAGGCGAACUACAAAAAUUUAAAACACAAUAUAACUGCAUCUAUUUGCAUAGUUAAAAUGUCUUAUUUUUUACUUUUAAUAAUAGCGUUUGCAGCAUUUUUUAGAAUCCAAGUACAAAUAUUAUAUAAUUCAUGAAUGUUUUUAAUUAGUGACUGAGAAUAAUGUAACCUUUAUUAAUUUUCUUUGUCAAAUUCUAAAUAUUUGAUUAAAUUGUGUUGGGUUUACAUUAUAUGAGUGUGCCAUACCGUAAUAAAUUGUUAUAAAUUAUUGUACCAGUAACGUUUUUUUGGGGGUUAUUACACUAUCCAUUAUAUAGAGGUCAUGUAUAAAUUAAUUUAAUAAACUAGUGAUGACUUUCGAUUGCAGAAAAAUCUGUUAUAAGUUAUAAUAACUUACUGUAUAGUUUAAGAACAAAUAUGUUAAUAUAUUUAUUGUCACAACCCUGUAUUUAUGACGUUUACAUGCAAAUGUCCCUAUGUGUUUGAUAGUGUAUUAAUUCCCUUAGAAAUAAUAAUUUUAAUAUAUCUUCAAUAAAUUAAACAAAAUUUAGUGUUGACAUCCAGUUUCUAUAUUCUAGCUAACAUCAAUCAUAUUUCAAAAUAAAUACGUAGUACAGUACAUUAGUACAAGUUAAAUAUAAUUAAUUAGAAAUGUAUGAGAGGUGAUAAGUUUAGUAACAUUUAAAAUAAAUAUAGCGGACUUAUGUUAAAAAUUGAAAUCAUAAUAAUGUAACCUUAUGAUUAGUAUAAAAUGUUUAUUGUACUAGUUAGAACUGGAAAUAUUUUCAAGUCAUCUGCUGCUGUUCAAUUCGGUCUAUUUUUUUUAUAAUCAUUGCGAUUUUUUGAGGCAACAAAGUUGAUGGGGAUACUUAUGGAAUUCCCUAAAAUUCUGUUCUAUGCCACUUCGUUUUUAUAUGUAUUAUAAAAAUGCCUUCAAAGCAAUGUAACUUUUAGACUAUUUAAUAUGCAGUUCGAAGUCGGAACAUAACGAAUUUUAUAAACAAAUCUAAUAUUAUUUCCUUUGACCAAGACUGAUUUCUAAUUAUAAAAUAAUUAUGAAUUGGCUCCAGAAAUUUUUACCCUACAAUAAUAUCGGUUCUCACUGGAGCUUAGCAGAACGGAGGGACUGUUUCUUCAAUGGUUCAGAAGGGAUUUUAAUAUGAAUUGUGACAAAACAAAUAUAAAUGACCGCAUACCUAUUUUUUGUAUGUGUACAGCAUGAAAAUUUUAUAAUUUGAACAAGGGAUUAAAUUGAUCAAGCUCAUGGAAAUACAAUGCUCUUUAAAUUAAUGUUUAUAAUAGUCAUUGUAAAUAAUUAAUUACAAAUAUGUAAGAGAGUUGGCCACAUCGUGACUGAUGUGUUCAUAUUUUGUAAAUAGUUCAGUUUAUAUAAUUAGAUAAUAUUUAGAGAUUGAGUAUAUUUGUAAAUUACUUUGUAAUAACUCGAGUGUCCCUAUAGAAAUAAUAUUUGUUUCUCUAUGAUCACUGUCACAAAUCACAAUUUUGCAUUUUUCAAGUCCCAUUUUUUGAGAAAAGUUCAAAUUAGAAGGGUUGUAUAAUUGUUUUUGAGUAAUAAUAAAAAAAGUUUUUUUAUCGUGUCAGAUGCGUCACGCGCAUGGGUGGGUGUCGGCUGUAGUCGCUGUGGCCGAGAUAGUAGUAUGCUGUUUUCGUUUGAUUUGUUCAAUAAGUAUUACUUCAUAUUGGGAUAUGUAUUCUCUUUUGUGUACAUAGUGGAAAAUUAUAUUCCUCUACGCUAGUAGAGGUACCGAGUAUACCAAGUAGUGUAACCUCUUAUUUUAUUUCAUAAAAAUAAGACCUUGCAUAUAUAUAAUAUAAAAGGUUAAUUAUAAAUUGUAAUCGACAUAUCAAUUAAUUACAUUCAAUUUAAAAUAGUUUCGUUGAUUUUCAAAACGAAGAGAAUUCAUGUCCUUCCUCGAAGUUAAUCUAGUGAUUCCGCUAAAUACAAUCUUUAAAGUAUGGGACUGUUGUAUAUUAUGUGAUAGUCAUCACUCCUUAUGAAGGUUGUAUGUCAUCGUAACAUAAUUAUUGUGUUAUUUAUAUCUUAACAAUUUUAUUACGAUAUUUAAAGCAAGUUGAAGUUUAGAUUAAACAUAGAAUGAAUAACUUAAUUAUUGUAUCUACCUAUAAGUAUGUCUAACGUAGACCCGCUGUGGUAAUAAUACCACUCCAUGAUACACGAGAAUUACAGUUGCAUUACAACUGCAUAUCAUUUUAAAUAUUUUUAAUAGAGUGUGAUAUGAGGCGGAGUUCACUUACCAAACUACCAUAAUCGUGUGCGCAAUACUAGAUAUAUUAGAUACUAGUACAUUUUUGCUAAAAGAAUAAAAUGUACCUUCUAUAAUAUGUUUGUACUCAGUGAAUACAUACACUACUUAAUAUGAAAGUUACUGUUGCAAACUCUAUGCAUUGCAGCUUUAUUUUUUACUAGUGGAAGUAUGAGAAUAUUUUUUUACUUUGUACAGAAUGUUAUAAAUGUGAUAAAUAAUUUUGACAUAAUUAGAAAUUGUGAUUUAGUAAGGUGUGUAGUUUAUUAUAAAGGUAUAAAAAUGAAAACUCGCUUUACUAAAUAAAUUGUAAUAUCUUAUGCCUAUAUCUAUAACAUUGUUUUCCCACAUUUUUAUAUUUGGGUACUUAUGUAUUCUAAGCUGUUGUACUACUAAUAAAAAUGAACAUUUCAGGAAAAUGAAUGUUUCGGCCCAGUAUUGUAAGACCUUUGUAUCCCACCAAUGCUGUGAAUCAUUUGCUUCCUGAGAAAUAAACAACCAAAAUCUACAA